AUGGAGCGGCAGAUCGAAAGAAAAUCCCUCAGCCUGAAUGCAGCAGAACCCAGCACCAGUAAGGAGGUGUCUGUUGGGUAUACAGACCUUAAUACAUCAACCCAAAUGAUUAAGUCAGAUAUUGAAAAAACAUCAGACUCUGUUCAGCAGAGCGUAGGAGUAUCUGGGUCGUAUCAUCUGAUUCACAAGCAGUCUUCAUCAAGACAAGCUGAUCUUGCGGCAUCCUGUGGGAUUGAGAGAGGAAUGGAAGACCCACCGAAAAUCCUCAUAUUUGGAGAUGAAUAUGCUAGAUCUUUUAGAGAAGAAUUAUAUAUCUUGCAACAGGAGCGUCCUUUAGACACUUGGCAUUUUCCUUUCGAAUGGGCAGGAGUACUGUUGCGAGCAUUAUAAAACAUAUGAUUAAAAUAUUAUGGAACAUGCUGCAACCACUUCACAUGCCAGAACCUACUACGGCAACAUUUUUAAAUGUAAGUGCAGACUUCAUGAAAGUAUGGAACUUCCCCAAUUGCAUCGGAGCUGUUGACGGCAAACACGUCAAAGUUAUAGCACCACAACAUUCCGGAUCCAUGUACUUCAAUUAUAAGCAUUAUUUU